UCAUGAGCACGGAGAGCAUGACCACAGUGGGCAGCUGGCAGUGCCCAUUCCAAGAAUUCAAAAAGGUUUCUUACAGAGGAGAGCCUGAAGCAGAGACUGGAAGGAGCCUUUAGGAGCAAGCCUUGGAGAGCGCUGAUUGGCCCUUUUGGAUGGAUGGGUCCAGACAGAGCUCAGCCUCAGGCAUCCUGCAUACUUCCCUAUAGUCCCUACCUCCGUGCUCCUCAGCCUCCAGCUCUUGCUGGCUCCUGGCUCCUGGUCUCUAACUUGUCACCUGCUUUCGACCAGACUCCAGACCCUCAUCAUCUCAUCCUUUCCCGGCCUUCUUCCCCUUCCACUCUACGUUUCUGCACGUUCCCUGCAGUUGGAGUCCCUUGCAUUCUUCUGCAUUGAAUCUCAUUUUGUUAUUUCCUGUCCCAUAUUCUCUAAACUCCCCAGGUCCCUUCUCGUUUAUUUCCCCAUCCUCUCCGGUGCCGUUUGCAGCGCCGCCCAGUUGUUAUCAUCUGCAGAUUUAAUUAGUGCGGUUGAUGACCCCUCUCUUCCAGACCGGAGGUUGAGGAGAGGAAUGGGUGGGCCCAGGAAGAGCAGGCUCCACAGCAGAAUGUGCGCAGGGUCACGACUCUCAAAGAGCCUGUUUUGGCUGUGUGGAGGGGACAUGUUCCAAACCAGGCUUUCACCUCAUAUAAGGGAAAAAAUACCCCAGGAGCGAGGAUUUUCUGGGAAAAGGGGGAGGGGAUUGAAGACUGGAUUUCACAAACCCCCUGAAUUCAGAUACCUCUGACCGAGGACAUCACUAGCAUGCCAUUUGUGUUGAGCAGUGUGCUUACAGCUUGAGCAAAAGCCAGGGAUCUGUCUUUGUCCGGAUCCACGCCCCAUGGCAGGUGCUGGCCAGGGAAGCAGAGUUCUUGAAGAUCAAAGUCCCUACCAAGAAAAUGUACGAGAUCAAAGCAGGAGGAAGCAUCGCAAAGAAGUUCAGCGCCAUUCUGCAGACGCUUAGCUCACCGCUGCAGCCCAGAGUUCCUGAACACAGCAACAACAGGAUGAAAAACCUCUCCUACCCGUUCUCCAGGGAAAAAAUGUACCUGUACAACAUCCAGGAAAAGGACGCCUUCUUUGACAAUGCUACCCGGAGCCGCAUUGUACAUGAAAUUCUGAAGCGGACAGCCUGUUCUCGAGCCAACAACACGAUGGGCAUUAACUCUCUAAUAGCGAACAAUAUCUAUGAGGCUGCCUACCCGCUCCAUGAUGGUGAAUAUGACAGUCCAGGGGAUGACAUGAAUGACAGAAAGUUGCUGUAUCAGGAAUGGGCACGCUAUGGAGUGUUUUACAAAUUUCAACCCAUUGACCUCAUCAGGAAGUAUUUUGGAGAGAAAAUUGGGCUAUAUUUUGCUUGGCUGGGGUUGUAUACAUCAUUCCUGAUCCCAUCUUCUGUCAUUGGAGUGAUUGUGUUUCUUUAUGGAUGUGCAACAAUCGAGGAAGAUAUUCCCAGCAAAGAGAUGUGUGACCACCAGAAUGCCUUCACCAUGUGUCCCCUGUGUGACAAAUCCUGUGACUAUUGGAACCUCAGCUCAGCCUGUGGGACCGCACGGGCCAGUCAUCUGUUUGACAAUCCAGCCACUGUCUUCUUUUCCAUCUUCAUGGCUCUGUGGGCUACCAUGUUUCUGGAAAACUGGAAAAGACUCCAGAUGCGCUUGGGUUACUUCUGGGACCUGACUGGGAUAGAAGAGGAAGAAGAACACUCCCGGCCUGAAUAUGAGACCAAAGUACGAGAGAAACUGCUAAAGGAGAGUGGCAAGUCUGCGGUCCAGAAGCUGGAAGCGAACUCACCUGAGGACGAUGAGGAUGAUGAAGAUAAACUGACUUGGAAAGACCGUUUCCCAGGAUACUUGAUGAACUCUGUCUCCAUCUUGUUUAUGAUCGCCCUGACGUUCUCCAUUGUCUUUGGGGUCAUUGUCUAUCGGAUCACAACUGCAGCUGCUCUGUCCCUCAACAAGGCUACACGCUCCAACGUCCGGGUGACAGUGACUGCAACAGCGGUCAUCAUCAACCUCGUGGUCAUCCUCAUCUUGGAUGAGAUCUAUGGCGCUGUGGCCAAGUGGCUUACCAAAAUCGAGGUUCCGAAAACAGAACAGACUUUUGAAGAACGAUUGAUCCUCAAAGCUUUCUUGCUCAAGUUUGUCAAUGCCUACUCUCCCAUCUUCUAUGUGGCCUUUUUCAAGGGGAGGUUUGUGGGCAGACCUGGAAGCUAUGUCUAUGUGUUCGACGGUUACCGCAUGGAAGAGUGCGCUCCGGGAGGCUGUCUCAUGGAGCUGUGUAUACAGCUCAGCAUCAUCAUGUUGGGGAAGCAGCUGAUCCAGAACAAUAUCUUUGAGAUCGGAGUCCCGAAGCUCAAGAAACUCUUUCGGAAGCUGAAAGAUGAGACAGAACCUGGAGAAAGUGACCCUGACCACUCAAAACGUCCAGAGCAGUGGGACCUCGACUACAGCCUAGAGCCUUACACUGGGCUGACUCCUGAGUACAUGGAAAUGAUCAUCCAGUUUGGUUUUGUCACCCUUUUUGUGGCCUCCUUUCCUCUGGCCCCCGUGUUUGCCCUCCUCAACAAUGUCAUCGAAGUGCGGCUGGAUGCAAAAAAGUUUGUUACAGAGCUGAGACGCCCAGAUGCUGUGAGGACCAAAGACAUUGGAAUUUGGUUUGACAUUCUCUCCGGAAUUGGCAAGUUCUCAGUCAUCAUCAAUGCUUUUGUCAUUGCUGUCACCUCCGACUUUAUCCCCCGCCUUGUAUACCAGUACUCCUAUAGCCACAACGGGACGCUACAUGGAUUCGUGAACCAUACACUCUCCUUUUUCAACGUCAGCCAGCUGAAGGAGGGGACACAGCCAGAAAACUCACAGUUCGACCAGGAGGUUCAGUUUUGCAGGUUCAAAGAUUAUCGAGAGCCACCCUGGGCACCAAACCCAUAUGAGUUUUCCAAGCAGUACUGGUCUGUUCUGUCUGCCCGUCUGGCCUUUGUCAUCAUCUUCCAGAAUCUAGUGAUGUUCCUGAGUGUCCUCGUGGACUGGAUGAUUCCAGAUAUUCCGACAGACAUCAGCGACCAGAUCAAGAAGGAGAAGAGCUUGUUGGUAGACUUUUUCCUGAAGGAGGAACAUGAGAAGGUCAAGCUGGCCGAUGAGCCUGCCCAGAGGAGCCAGGGAGGUGGGAAUAGGAGCAGGAGGAGCCGUGCAGCCAGCUCUGCACCAUCAGGCCGGAGCCAGCCAGGCAGCAUAGCAUCCUCAGGGUCCCAGCACACCAACGUAUGAGCCCGGCGUUGGCAGCAGAGGAGGGCAUGUUAUAGCGAGACACAUGCGCAUGCCAUAUGUUCCUAUAACACAGUGGCACACCUCUUCUGCUGGGAACUGGCUUAUGGGUGUCUCCAAAAGGAAGUUACAGAAAGGGAAAUAGAACGAGAGCGUGCAGGACGGAAGGGAACCAUACAGCUUCUCAGAAACUGGAAGCUUCUGUUUCUUUUAGGUCGUCUUUUGAGUUGUGUCCUUUCAGGGAGUUGGUACCCCAUGGGGGUUGCUUCACCAUAGAAUUCUCUGGGGUUCUUUCUUGUACUUCACCAUCAUUUUAGGUGAAAGAAGUAAAGUGAGAGCCCUGUCCGUACUAGCACCCACUAUAACUGAUCACUACCCCAGUCCUACGGUCACCCUGAAAUAACCUCUCAGAGACAUGUGUGACUGGGACCACUACAAGGCUGGGCAGAUGCAAAUGAAGUUACAGGAUGGAUUUCCAUGGCCGUUGGACCUGGUGGUAAGGAACAACGGUCCUAUCCAAGCUUAUCUGCAGCUUGUGUGACAAGGACAUAUACAAUGCAACUAAACACUGUUUUAUGCAAGUUCAGGUUUAAAAUAAAAUAAAUGAAGUCUUUUUUAAAAAAAAA